AUGACAUUGGGGAAGAUAAAGCUGAGGCCCAGCCAAAGGGAAGAUCUGGAAUUACCAUUAUUUGACUUGGCCGCUGUUGUUUGUGCAACCAAUAACUUUUCAAACAACAAUAGACUUGGAGAAGGGGUGAUUUCGGAUCAGCCUUUUAAGGGUACACUGAAAGAUGGACAAGACAUGGCUGUGAAGAGGCUCUCAAAACAUCCUAGACAAGGACUCAAUGAGUUGAAGAAUGAGGUUACACAUAUUGUCAAACUUCAGCACAGGAAUAUAGUGAAGCUUCUGGGAUGCUGCAAUCGAGAAGAUGAAAUGAGCUGA